GUCUAAGAACCGGUCCAACAGGAAAUGAAAUUAUGAAUCGAAGAAGGAAACCCUGAGUGCAUUUUCUCAUUUUUUUUCCCUGACAAAUCUGAAUUUUGAAGAGGCAUUGAGAUUGAGCCCAGUUACCGAAUUUUUUCCAGAGCGUAAGGUAUUAAAAGAUCAAUUCGACGUCACGUAGAUCCGAAGACAACCAUGGAUGAGUUCGAAUUUCGUCGACUUCUUCAUCUAUUUCCCGUUGUUCGAUCUCGAGACUUUCAUGCUGAGACAGACUUAUGUGGAGAGUCAGCAUCCAAGUCACCCAAGUGUGAGGUGGGGGGAUGGCAAGAUGCAUGGAAUGAAGAUAAAGAAAAGUCAAAGAUCCAAGGACUUGACCUACAUGAUGCAUUCUGGAAGAAGCUAAAGUUAGCUGCUGAGAAGAAGGUGGGCGAGGAAGAAGCAGAGAAAUUCUGUAGCUCAUUUCAACAGAUACACAGUAGACUUGUUAAUGAAGAACUGGAUUUGGAUGCUGCUCGAAGCUUUCUGGAGGCAUUCAGUUCCGUAGAUUAGUAUGAUUAUGUGCUUCAUGCUUCAUGUAUUUCAUAUAUCAUCUUGCCUCCAUAGACCACAUUUUUCAAGAGUUUUAUUGGAAUUCAAUUACCAACAAGGAUUUGGAACAGCUAAGUUUUGUUUUCAAGGAAUUUUCAGACACCAUCUUCCACUAUCACACAUUGGAUUUUACCA